AGCGCCACCACCCUGAGAUCCCAGCAGCUUUGACCGGGCACAGCCGAACAUUCCCGGGAACUGUCGAGAUGGGAGGGACAUGAAACUCCCGAGUGCUGUGUGCACUUCCUGCCCCGAUGACACCGCCGUCCACACGCCUCCAUGAAAACACGGCGCGCUGCCUCCACUUGCGUUCGACCGUCGGAUGGGAGCGCGGGCACGGUGGAUGUAUCCUCGCCGUCACAUUGUCAUUGAUGCUCCCAGAACAUCCGCCGAUCGUGGCCGAUUUCGGACGUGAAAAAUCUCCGCAACUGCCGCUUCGAGAAUCCCAUUUUCCUUUUUGUCUGCGCAACCGGCAGCGAGGUUUUUCCUGCGGAUGUCUGAGCCGGGGAUCGGGAGGUAAACACGCCGGCCUGCAUGCGCUCAUGAUCGGAGCCGAGGUGAGGCUGAUACCUCGGACUCACACUGCAAGUUGAUUCGUGCUCCAGAGCAGAGGAAGAGUCGGCUCCAAUGGCGUCGGUCGCGAAGGUGUCCAUCCUGGAUUACUUCAAUAUUGUGUUCGAGGGAGAAAAUGGCAAAAUCGAGUCCAACUGCAAAGCUUGUGGCACCAGGAUCCAGGCGAAGCGCAGCGUCACGUCCAACUUCGUAACGCAUCUCAAGCGGAAGCACCAGGCCAUGUAUGAUGACUUUGUGAAGAGGAAGGAUAUGAAGAGAGAGGGUUACUCUACUGGUUCCCUGCACACGUUCACCAGCAAUGGAGGGAAUACACGCUUCAGUGUUCCCAUCACUACUGGAGGAGGAGGAGGAGGAGGAGGAGGAAGAGGAGGUGUUGGUGGAAUGGGAACUCUGGACGGAGGAGUAGGCUCUGGAGGAGGGGCGACCAAGUUUGACAGACAUGACCCACGUCAGGUGUUGAUCUCAGAGGCUAUAGCCAAGAUGAUCGUGCUUGACCUGCAGCCAGUGUCCAUAGUGGAAAACCAAGGUUUCAGGGAGCUGCUGCAGUUCUUGGAGCCACGCUACACCCCAGAGCAUCAGCACUACAUCCAGAGUCAGCUCCUCCCAGCCUACGCCUACCAAGUCCAGCUGACCACCCGUCAGGCCCUGGCCUCGGCACAUGCCCUUAGCCUCAGCCUGGAUCUCUGGAGGGGCUUUUCUGGAGCCACAUCAGGUUACCUCAGUGUCACCUGCCAUUUUCUCACAUCGGAUUGGCAGAUGCGUUCAGCCCUGCUCGCAUGCCUUCCCCUGACCGGCGGCACCUCCGGCAAUCGCAUCCUUUCAGAAUUUGAUGAAGUCUGCCACUCUCACGGGGUGUCAGGGAGAGCUUUUCGUGUCGUCGCGGACCCUUUUCUGGCCACGGCAACCACAAAGCCAUGUUGUCUUCCUGGUUUCCUGGUGUCACCUCAUCUCACUAGCAUGCAAGAUGACAACAGUGAAGACGAGGUGGACAAUGGUAACGACGCAGAGGAAGGGAUCAGGAACGGUCAUGGUGAUGGGGCGGAUGAAGGGGAAUGGGAGGACUCCUGGGAGCAGGGUCUAGGUGUUUGUCGGGUGGACUGUUUCUCUCGCUCUCUGGAACAGUGUGUCAGGGAGGGGCUGCGCUCCUGUCCGCAGCUCUCCUCCACACUGGCCAAGGCUGCUUGUUUCUAUAACUACAUUACCUCUGCUGUGCCACCUGAGAAACUAAGCCAAGUAUUUGAUGGUACUGGACUGAUGAUGGGGGGACCAGGAAGUGCCCCCUCUGCAGUUAGAGACUGGGCUGCUCAGCUUAAGGUGCUUCGACGGCUGCUGGACUCAGUGGAGUUCCUGGAGGAGGUGAGUGGUCCAGGGGAGCUGGCACCGAGCGCUUCAGAGAGAGCCCUCCUGAGGGAGCUCACUGACACUUUGGAGCCCUUCACUGAGGCCUGGGACAUGGUGCAUGGAGACAGACAGGCAGAAAGACAUGUGUCCAUCAGCUUAGGGCUGCCAUGUGUCCUGGGUCUUCGUAAGCAUCUCUCUGAGACGUUGACCCCCAACUGCCCCUCUCUCCUGGUGGCCCUCAGCCAGGCUCUAGAGCGUCGGUUGGCCCCCAUCCUGGAGGACCCCCUCUACAUCACUGCCACCACUCUGGACCCUCAGUUCAAGCUCACUUGGAGCAGCAACCCUGACUGGCACAGACAGGUUCUAAUUGAGGAGUUAUCCAAACAUUCCGCAGCCUCCAGCCCCGUAGAUCUCAAUACAGAACCACACCCUCAAUCCCAGACUCCUCCUGCUCCAUCUCCUGCUCCAUCGCCAGUUUCCUCACUUUCUCGGCCCUGCAAGUUGUUCUCUUUCAUCAAACAGAGACCCGCAACACAGGCCAAGAGCCUGGAGCAGGAGUUAAGCGUAUAUCUACGAGAGGAACCAACAGACGAAGAUGCUUUGCAUUACUGGCGGCGUAAAGCUAUUGACUUUCCUCUUCUUGCUCAGGUGGCAAAGAGGGCGUUCACCAUACCUGCUUGCGGUACUGUGGUGGGGAACAUUUUCACUACUGCCGAGCGCUGCCUGCGGCUAGAGAGGAGCCACAUCUUACCAAAGAACCUGGAGACGCUCAUCUACCUCAAGGCAAACUACAGAUUGUUAUGGACUUAGAGCUAAGAGUGACAUCAUUCUUUUAACUAAACAGCAACUCAAUGAUUUGUAUCUUCUGUUGUGUUACUUCUUGGAUACUUAGCUCUGUUCCUCUCUGAGGAAACUGAGAUAGCAACAUAACACAGUCCUCAUGCUCCUCUGAGAUGAAUUAACCAGAGUUUCUGUGCGGAGGCGGUUCAGAAGGGUUUCACUGACUACUGUAGGUGUGGAUUGCUAUGUUCGCCAUGCAGCCCGCUUACAGACGAUCAUGUCACAUGCUGCAGACUUAGGGGACUAGAAGCAGAUCAAUACUAAAGUAUUUACUUCGACAUUAGUUUUGCCUGAUCAGGGUCCUCAGACAACCACAAACCUUCCACUCUUUAUUUUCCUAACCUCAAAGACAGCUUUUAUCUGCACCAGCCAACACUGAUACACCAACAAUAACAAAAUGGUUAAUUACUUCAAAGUGUAGCAUAUGAUUUAUACUGAUAUACAAUAAUUAAGGUUGUGACUAAUUCAUUUGAUGAUGUUUUUGAAGGAACGCAUCAGCAGGUAAACAAUAUGCCCCCCCCUUAUUGUUUAAUUUUCUCUGUGUGUGAAUGUCUCAUCAUCAGGACACAAUAAUAAAUGAGUUUCACCCCCUGACGCAGAGCUUGCAGAUGCGA